AUGACGACGCGUCGGAGCGCGCGCAUUGCAAGUAAAAGACAAUAUCCACAGACUGAAGAGGCAGAUAUAUUUCCUGCAUCAAAGAAAAAGUGCACAAAUGCUAAUGCUUUGUUCAACAAUGACACUGACGCUGCCUCGUCUGACGGGCCCGAACUCUUGAGCUUCCGGACAGCAUCAGACUCUGAACUUAGCCCUCCUACGAGCUUGGAUUUUCAGCACUCCUCUCCCGAUGUCCGGUCAUCAAAGCGUCGCAAGAAACAACCACGAUUCAAAUCAAGCAAAAAGUCCCCCUCAAAGUCCACUGAUCUCAAUCGCAUCUUACAGGCCAUCCUCAGCCCUCCUCACCCCCUAAGCCCUCGCGUACCCUCCCAUCGCACACCUCAUCCCAUGUCUUACCACCACCCCAAGCUCCUCUCCUCUAAAUAUGCUCGGGAAUCCCUCCUGCAAUGGUUCGACUCCCGGGUCGCGUCCCAAACCCGGCCCAUGCCCUGGCGCAAGCCCUUCCUUCUCCCUUCAACCACGCCUCCAGCAGACAUCGAACGUCGCGCGUAUGAGGUUUGGAUAUCUGAGACCAUGCUCCAGCAAACUCGCGUUAGCACUGUUAUUCCAUAUUGGGAGAAAUGGAUUUCCAAAUGGCCAACGGCAGGGGACCUCGCAAGGGCGGAAAAGGACGAGGUUUUGAGCGUAUGGAGGGGGUUAGGGUAUUAUGCUAGGGCACGGAGGUUACUUGAGGCUGCGAAGGCUGUUUGCGCACCAGGGAAACAGGAAGGGGAACGAUUGCCGAGGAAUGUAGAAGGCUGGUUGGGGUUGCCCGGUGUGGGGAGGUAUACUGCUGGCGCAGUAACGGCAAUAACAUUCGGUGUACCGGCUGCGAUGGUGGACGGGAAUGUGUUGAGGGUGUUGAGCAGGCAGAUGGGGAUUUAUGGAGAUGUGAAGGGGGAUCGAAGGGUUGUUGAGUUGGUGUGGAGGGUUGCAGAGGAGUUGGUGAAGGUUGUUUCAAGGGAGGGAAGUCAAGAGCCGAAUGAUAGGCCCGGAAGAUGGGGGCAGGCGCUGAUGGAGUUAGGGAGCACGUUGUGUAUGCCGAGGCCGGAGUGUGGGAGGUGUCCGAUUAGUGUAACAUGUCGGGUUUAUGAGGAGGGGCUGGCGAUUGCGGAGGGGAAUGGGACCAAAGGGGUUGUGGGGGAUAUUGAGGAUGGAUGUGAGCUUUGUCAGCCUUUCGAGGAGGGAGAGGAGGAUGGCAAGGAUGUUGAAGAGAACGAACAGCCGACAAGGGCCAAUCAGAGCAAGAUGCAGCAGACGCUGUCGCGGUUCUUUGCUCCAAAGGACACAAAUGUUACGGACACAGUUUCUGCCCGAACCCUCGGCGUCAUCAUCAGCCACGCAAAGAAAUUCCCCUACCGACCGCCGAAGAAGACUAUUCGAGCCGAGGAGACCCUUGUUUGUGUCAUUCGACGCUCUGAUUGCCGAUAUCUGAUUCAGCGUCGACCAGAUAAGGGACUCCUUGCUGGGAUGUGGGAGUUCCCUAGCCAGACGCUGAAUGAUUCCAACAAGACAGCAAAAUCAAGAAAGGCGAGGGCUGCUGGGUUUGUAAAGGAUAACAUUCUUAAUGAGAAGCGAAAGGUGUCUGUGAGCAUCAGGCAUGUGGGUGAACUUGGGACUGUUCCAUGGCAGUUCUCACAUCUUAGUCUAACGAUGCAUGUUCACCUGUUUGAGCUCAAUGAGGCAGGAUUGGAUGACAACCUCGUGGGGGGCAGACGAUGGGCAACUAUUGAGGAGAUAGAGCAGGAGAACAUGGGAACAGGCAUGCGGAAAUGUUGGACACUCAACCCGUUCGGCAUGUUCAAAUCCAGCAAGAUGGCGUGCAAGCGUAACUCAUCAGCAACGGUUCUUGUCGAAAGUAUUCCUUAUGGGUGUUAG